AUGCUGAAAGGUUCGAAACCAAGCAAAGGUGUGCAGAAGGCAAAGAAAGACACUCAGAAGCGUCAAAUAUAUUGUGUCUGUGCACCCUGUAUAAAAGAAUGCGGGAAACAGGGCAAGAAGCUACCUGCGUGGUUAGAGAGAACACACCGCAAGACAGGCAUCAAGAGAGUGCAGUGUGAUGAUGAUGACAAUGACAACGACAAUGAGUUGGUUUCGUUUGAGGAGAUAGCAGCUGCUUGCAGGAAAGCAAAGGAUCCGGGAAAUGCAGCUUGCUCGAUGGCUGUUAUGAAACUUCCUGCAGCCAAAGAUCUGUCCUAUCAUAGCCCACAUCACUCCAUGCAACCCCUUGAGCAUUCCUCUGAUGCAGACAACGACUCUGUCCUACUCGAACAAUCUCUCGCUGAUUGUCCUAUGGACAAGGAAUUCCCGGCACACUCAGACACCGACAUCAUUGAUUUCAUGAAUGAUUCUGCGGAAGAACAGAGGGCCGAUGCUGACCAUGACAACGAGAUAUCCCGUUCACUACCUCCUCAGAGACCUGAAUCAUCUGACAAGCAACCUGAAGUCCCUCCAUCUUCUGUCCAGGUACCUGACGUGCAGCCAGCAUCGCCAGUGCCAGUGAAUGAGCUGCUGGAGCCUCCACUUCCCCCUGAUGUCAUCCUCGACAGUGCUUCACAGCACUGGUUUUGGAAAAUCAUACUUAUUUUGGUGGCGUGGCUUAAUCUACACUAUCAUUUACCUCACCGUGCAGCUAACCUUCUUCUGAAGGUCACAGCAUCUAUUUUCUAUGGACUUGGUGUUUUCACUCUCGAAGAGAAGCCAGCUCAGACGCUGAAUACUGCUUUUGCUCAUUUGGCAUUGGCAGACUGUUUUGAGUCUUCAUCAGCAACUAAACCAUCUCGCUCGACUAUGAAGCCCAAGCUUCGCUGCCCUCAAAAUCCACUUUCAAAUGGCAUUCUUCGGCUUCUAUCUCAAGACAGCAUAGAACUGCAACUCAAUGCUUGGCGAUCUCAACCGACUACUCCCGGGAAGUGUUCAUCUAUUCAAGAUGGCGAGAUCUGGAAGACGUUACGAGGGACAGACGGAAACCUAUUCUUCGAUAACACGGCUGAACGUCAGGAUGCUGAUGAGCUACGGAUUGGGAUAACACUUGGCUUUGAUGGGUUCAACUAUCAGCACAGCAGUAAUGCAGGGUCACGCAGCUCUGGUGUAAUGUCGAGUUGUGUUGCGAACCUACCCACUCAUCUGCGACUCUCUUGUCUCUUAAACUCUCUGUUGGGCAGCUAUCCACCAUGUCCCAAGGAGCUUGAUUCCGAUCAGCUCCAAUUUUUCAUGAAGGAUUAUGUUGAUGAUCUAUUGUGGCUUUAUGACGAGGGAAUAAUCAUCAAGACUUCAAAAUAUCCAGAAGGGCGAUGUGUACGUGUCAUUCUCGUUGCAGUAUGCUGUGACAAUCCAGCGAUGUGCAAGUCGAAGCUGAAAACAGAAGAUGCAAUGGAGUAUGAUAGUAUCAUCAAAACUCAAUGGUUCAAUGCAUGGGUUCAAACAAAUGUGCUGCGUCAGAGACGGCCAAGGUUGAACGUGAACUCGACGAAAUUCAUCGACUCUUAUCUACGAGCUAACAUAUAUUGCCAGUUUGAGAUACCAUCUUGGGUCACACGACUACCAGAUCAAGUUGGGUAUCCAGCAGGAGGGUCUCUCACAUCUGAUGAGUGGAAAGGCUUGGCACUCGUCUUUUGUCCUAUCACCAUCCCGUUGGUCUGGGAAAAAUGGUAUCCAAUUAAUAUGAAGCAAAAUCAGAAGGAGAUAGAGAGCUGGGAGAAGCAGGAGCAGGCGCGCAUACAAAGAGUUGCAUCAGGCAAACAAGCGCAGAACAGAAAGGAUAAUGAACCUCCCACUCAUCCGAAGGAUAUGGCGAUGCAUGCUGAUGAUGCUGACAAUUUCUUGAAUCUUGCAGCAGCAUUGAAGAUCAUUCUAGGACGGAGCAUCAGUGACACUGAUAUCCCCCAAGCAAAGGAGCUUCUUAAUAAGUAUCUUCUCAGGUUCUUAGAGAUUCAUCCGAAGCAUGUCAAACCUUCUCACCACUGGGUGACACACAUCUUUGAACAGCUAGAGGAUUAUGGUCCCGUUUAG